GAGAGUCGCGCAUAGUCCACUCCCAAAGGCUGGUCUGCAGCCACGUUCGGAAUACAGCGAUAUCAAACACCCCAAACUAACCUCGUUAUAAAAGUACGACGUUGCGUGCCGUGGCGAGGCUAUUGGUUUGCCUUCAGCGCGAAUAUGCGCGGUCGCGUGCUUCUGCUCCCGUUCCUACUGCUCCUCGCGAGCUGGCGCGAUAGCGGCUCGGAUGCAAAGGGAAAGAAGGCGCGCAGGAGAACGUGCCUCGACCUACCGGAGAUGAUCCUGGAGCAGAUCUACGGCCGCUUGUCGGUCGGCGUCCUAAGCGCGUUCCACCACACCCUGCAGCUCGCACACGAGCAGAAAAACCUCAGCUGCCCGUCGGCGGGUCGUCUUGUACCCGACAGGAGCUCGCGCACGCCAGUGAACUUCCUCAGUCUCUCGCCCUGGGCUUACAGAAUCUCCCAUGACCCGGCGAGGUUUCCACGCUUCAUCCCAGAAGCGUACUGCUUGUGCAAAGGUUGCCUGACUGGUCCAAACGGGGAGGAGAGCGACCAGUACCGCAGCACGCCGGUCUACAUUCCCACCGCCGUGCUCCAACGCACGGGCUCCUGCGUCGGGGGCCGUCGUUCUUACCUCGAGAGCUACGUCUCCGUGGCAGUGGGCUGCACGUGCGUGCCCUUGCUGGAGGAGAGGGCCAUCAAAGCGCCCGGCAGGAAUCGGAGCGCGCCGAGAGCGACGCCCAAAAGCACCAAGGGGGAAAAACUGAAAACGCAAUCUGUAGCGGGGCACUGAAAAGCCUGUUUUUAGAUCUAAAAGAAAAUGUGUGCCUUAGGAAGCAGUCGCUUAUUCUGAAACCAAGAAUAUCGGAACAUUGCCAGCAUUGUGCUGAAUGAUUUCAGUAUUUCACAUGCACGAUGAGGACAGACUGCUCUCAAUGAUGUAAUCAACUAUUACGCUCCUGUGGAACAAUUUACAUAUUGUGCCUGAAUCUCUUAUUUUUUUAAACAAUAAUAACUGCUGUACUGUGUACCACAAUUAGACGUUUGUCAAGAUACCAAUCGGUUUAAUAUUUACAAGUGAUAAUCACAAUAAUAAAUGCCAAAACUGGCUCACCACAGUUUGGAUGGUCUA